AUGGACAAGUUAAAGGCUUUGACGAUUCCACUGGACAGAUGGCAUAUGGAGAAUUCUGGAAACAUGGAUUUGGGGAUCAGACAAUUUGAGGAAGAGAUCAAGAAAAUAGACGAUUUGGUGAGUAACAGCAUGUAUGAUGGGACCAUAGAAGCAAGAAGAAAUGCGCUUGUGAGUUCUUGUAAGAAAUGGUAUAUUAGAAAGGAGCUACAUUGGAAGCAGAUGUCACAGUCUAGGCAUGCAAAGGAGAUGGACAAAAACACUCGGUACUUUCACAAUUUAGCUUUAGCUCGAAGAAGGAACAAUCAAAUUAACACCUUACUUAUAAACGGAAGGUUAGUAAGGAAUCAAGAUAGGAUUAAGGUUUCUAUACGAGACUUCUAUAAGGACUUGCACCAUCAGAAGACAUCGCCUGAUAUAGGAUUCUGGGGUGGGCUGGUAAAACAGUUAAGUGAGGUAGAGGCAGCAGAGUUAGAGUUGAUGCCGUCGUUUGAAGAAAUAAAGGAUGCAAUUUGGGAUUGUGAGUCAACUAAGGCACCUGGCAGCGAUGGGUACAAUAUGAAUUUCAUUAAGAAGUGUUGGGAAGAAGUGGGAAGGGAGUUCACUGAAGUUGUGAUGGGUGUUGGUUCGGAGGAUGCGAACAGUUAUGCCAGGUUUAGUAGGAGAGACUCAGAGUGCUUCUGUGAAGGGCAGGAAAAUACAUGA